AUGGAAGUGGUUAAGGACAUCACGGAGACGGCAGCCGUGGACCUGGGGGACCUCCUGGACGCCGGGGACGACGCCGUGGUGAUACUCGAGGCAGGCGACACGCGGCUGUUGGCGCACAGGGCCGUCCUGGCGGACAGGAGCCCUGUGUUCGCCGCCAUGUUCGGCCACGACACCCUCGAGGCCAGCAGCGGCGCGGUGAGCAUCCCGGACGUGGGGGGCCCGGUGCUGAGGCAGCUGGUCUCCUACCUGUACACCCAGCGGGCCCCCCAGCUGCCCGGCGCGGCCCCCCAGCUGCUGGCAGCAGCGGAUAAGUACGGGGUGUCGCGGCUGAAGGCGGAGUGCGAGCGGCAGGUGGCCGCUCAGCUGACCGUCGAGACCGCGGCGGCCGCGGCCGUACUCGCAGUCCGCCACUCCUGCAGUGACCUCAGGCGAACCGCCAUCGAAUUUAUUAAGGCACGUACCCACGAGGUGAUGGCCACUCAGGGGUGGACAGAUGCGAUGCUUCAUCAACCAAAAGACUUGGUCAAAGUGAGCCGGUUGCUGUACGAUCCACCACCACAAAGCAGCACACCAGCCGUCACCGCCACUACCGCCACUGCCACCACCACCACUGACGCCACCACCACCACCACCGCCACCACCACCACUGCCAACGCACCCCGCCAGACACCUGCUGCAGCUGCACUUCCCACAUCUCCUCCACCUGGAGAAGCCACUGUCUCUCGCAUGCGGAGCCUCUCUGCAGAGGAGAGGGGCAGGAGGCUGCUCCAGGCGGCUGAGGAGGGGGCAGUGGGGGAGCUGAGGGCGCUGAUCGCCGCAGGGGCUGACGUGGAGGCGAGGGGCGGGGGUGGGUGGACCGCCCUGCACUCGGCAGCAGACAGGGGAGACGUCGAGGCGGCGAGGCUGCUGGUGGGGGCGGGGGCGGCGGUGGACGCCAGGGAUGUGAUUGGGUGGACGCCGCUGCAUUACGCGGCACUCAAUGGCCGCGCAGAAGUGGCGGCUGCGCUGCUCGUCGCGGGGGCCGACAGGGGGGCCACAGCUGGUGGUGGGCUGACAGCGCUGGACCUCGCCAGGGUGUUCAACCACAGGCGGCUGGUGGAGAUGCUGUCAUGA